AUUUACGGGUCCAACUCACCUACAUCCCUUUGGUGAUUUUAUCCUCUUAUUUAGCUUCGCCUUCCUUUUCUCUCUUCUUACUCCUUUAUUACGCUUUCCUCCACCGAAACCAGUCUCAUCGCAAUUUCGAUCUUAGUCUCUUCCCUAACCUAAUCUAAAUUCACGCAGUUUCAGAUCUAUUUCCUCGAUUGUCAGGAACAGAAAUGUCUUUUCCACGGAAUUUCCAUUCGCAAGGAGGCACCACUACUGAUGACUAUCGGUCCUCCUUCAGCAGGAACAACUUCAGCAACAACAACAGGAAUAGAAGGAACAAUUAUAAUAACAAUAGGAAUUAUAGGAAUAUGAAUGACUUCCCGGGGACACUUUGGCAGCAUAAUGACAGUUUUUAUCAUGUUAAGCCGGAAAACUUCACUCAUGCUAAUCGUAAUGGCAUGGGAGUGCCAUCUUUGAAAAGGAGAAAGUUUUCAGCUUCUACUUGGGGAGGUAAUGGGAGACACUAUGUGUUGCCUGGGACAUAUGACUUGGCCCCUUCGACCUGCAAUUACGCAGUCCGUCCUACAAGACCCAAUGUGGAGGCCUCUAUGUCCACUAGCUUUAAACGUGAACGCUCACAAUUAGAAGAUGAUGAACCAGCCUUCAUGUCAAGGGAUGAGAUUGAGAGACACUCCCCAUCAAGAAAAGAUGGUAUUGAUGCUCUUCGUGAAGCUCAUUUGCGGUACUCGUACUGCACCUUCCUUCAGAAUCUUGGAUUGCAACUCGAGUUGCCCCAAACCACUAUUGGCACUGCCAUGGUUCUGUGCCACCGGUUUUUUGUUCGACAAUCACAUGCUUCCCAUGAUAGAUUUUUGAUUGCUACUGCCGCUCUUUUUCUCGCUGCAAAGUCUGAGGAGACUCCACGCCCUUUAAACAAUGUGCUAAGAGCAUCUUGUGAAAUUUCCCGUAGGCAGGAUGUUUCUUUCUUGUCCCAUUUGCUUCCUACUGACUGGUUUGAGCUUUAUCGGGAACGAGUGAUUGAGGCUGAGCAUAGGAUACUGUCUACUCUAAAUUUUGAGCUUAAUGUUCAGCAUCCAUAUGCUCCUCUUACGUCUGUUCUUGAGAAAUUAGGUCUUUCACAAACUGUUUUGGUCAAUUUGGCAUUGAACUUGGUCAGUGAAGGGGUCUACACAAGAUUGAUUAGCGUGCUCGCAUAUAUGAUUUUCUUACCUGGCGGAUUGAUAUGCUGUUCUUGGAAAGUUUUGUUUUACAUCUGAAGUUGAACUGCUGAUGUGGUGUUGAUGACUUUUUCACCAAUAAACCCCAUGAUUUUGGUCAUUGGCUACUAAAGAUGGCCACAGGAAACCCCUAGGGGUUGGCUCAGGUGGUAAAGGCCUUGGGCUUGGGGGUAUGCUUCCCCCAGGUCUAAGGUACAAAUUCCACUGGAUGCAAACAAUCUUUGGGGGCCAUCGGAUUGGGGGAUUUUCCCCUUGAAUUACCUGAGGUGCACUUGUGGGAAAUUCCUUGCCGAGAGCCUGUGCACUCUCGGGAUUAGUUGGGACGUUGUUCCUGGACACCCAGUGCCAAUAAAAAAAGAAAAAACAAAGAUGGCCACAGGACCUGCAAAACCAUUUUUUCUUUACUAUUUUGAUUUAUUUCUUUUCCUCUCAUCUUUCUUUGAAUCUGUAUGGAAUGCCCCGUAGACUUUUACCUAUAAAAAAAAAUAGAGAAAUAAAAAGAAUGCCCUCUAGACUUCUUACAAAAACUUACAAUUUUAGGGCAUGGCAACUUGCACUUGCUGUCGAUACUGACCUUCUUGGGUAGGAAUUUCUUUCUCUUUGUUGCCUUUGAGUUUUCUGGUGAGGGUUCAGUUAGCUAGGGGCCUAUUUGGGGUUACCCAACUUGUUGCUAAGUUGUUUUUGUCUGCCAUGAAACGUUGAACCAUUGGUUUAAUUUUGCUUCCUUUUUUGUAUUUUUCAAAACUAGUUUGGAUGUUUUGAUAAACUCAAGUCGUGUUCUUUUUCACCCUCUCGUACUUAGUACUUCAAAUGAACUUCUCUAAAAAUAAGGAACUUGAAUUUGAUUUCAGUUUUAACCAAGCAUUAUGUGAGUGAAAACCUUGCUCCAACUGUUGCUUCUUAAUGUAGAAGUGUCACGUCUGAUGUAUUCUAUGAGUAGUCUUUUGCGGUUUGGGACAGACUUGAUUUCCUAUUAUUUUUCUCUUGCCCGUUGAAAAGAAGGGCUGACUAAAAAAUUCUCUAAUACCACUCACUUGGGAUGGAUCAUUGCUGAAAGGAUCAAUUAGACUGUUUAGCAUCUAAAUAAUCUUCUUGGUUUUUUUUUUUUCCUUCUGUCUUAAAAGCAUAACUAUCACUAGAUUACCAUGCAUAGAUGGCACUCUUAUAUAUGUUCCGUUUACUUAGAUUCUUGCCUAUUCCUAUUCUCAAUAAAAUUUUAUUUACUGAUAACAAAGAAGAAGCAUAAACAUGAAGUGGGAGUCAUUUCUUCUUCUUUUAUUCACUCAUUGAUUCAUUAUAAACUAAGAUGUAAACAUUAAUGGCUGUUACCAUUGCUUGCCAAAAUUUUUGCAAACUCUUUACUUAUAGCUUAACUCUUUAUCAUGAUUCAUCGAAUCAUCAAAUCUUGAUGUUGAUGUUCACACUGCCUUAUCAUUUUUAUUCCCACACCAAAUAAACCUUGCGACAUAUGUGCCCAUCUAUCCAUGUUGAGGGGCACAUUUAUAUUUUUUAUUUUGAUGUUCACACUGCCUUAUCAUUUGUAUUUUUGCAGCUAAUACUACACCCCACCCCCCCACCCAAAAAAAAAAAAAAAAAAAAGGUGUCCAAUUUCUUCUCCAUCUCCCAAAAUGGUAUAACCUCAUGAUUCGGAUGUCCUAAUAUUAAAUAUCAACAAAAAAUAUCUGAGGUAUGAAGGAUAAAAUCAAUCCGUUCAUGUUAACGAACUAUUCCUUUCUAAUUACUUGUGAAAUCCUUUUUUUUUUUUUUGAAAUCUUAUAACCAUUUUAAUCAGCAUUGUCAUCAAUACCAUCAUAUUUUCAUUUUUGUCAAUGUUACAUUGCCAUUUCUACUGCUUGUUCUACUCUUGAGGUGUGUAUAUAUAUAGAUACACUCUUUAUUCCUUAUCAAAAAUAUACAUAUAUAUAUACGUGUGUGUGUGUGUUAUAAAUAACCUGAUAAGCUUUUGAAGUUGUUGAUAUUGGAACGUAAUGAAGAAUUGUUUCAAUGUAUAUUGACUGACGCCAUUGCAUCUCUUUUGAUAUUUUGGACUCUAAAAUAUCAAAGCCUGUCCUUUCACCAAUAGGCUGCACCCUGUCAGAUCAUGCUUUUCUUCUUCCUCAAAGUUUGCAUAUCUAUGGAUUUAAAUUUUAAGGAGUGAAAUGGGAUGAUAUUUGCUCAUCUUUAUUUUUUUCAAAGUGAAAAGCGGCAUCUGUAUGCCUUCUUCAAUAUCUCCAUGGGCUGUCGUUCGGCAAGGAGAAGGGGCUGCGCCAUCUCCCCAAAGACCAUCUAAGUUGUUUAGAGAGUGUUGUAGUUUCGAAAUGUUGAUCAAUUUCUCCCUCUUAAAAAGUUCCCCCUUGUCGUAGUUUCAAUGUUGAUCAGUUUCAAAAUGUUGAUCAAUUCUUAAAAA